UCAUGUCUGGCCUCGAAGGUGGCAAGAAGAAGCCCCUGAAGCAGCCCAAGAAGCAGGCCAAGGAGAUGGAUGAGGAAGACAAGGCCUUUAAGCAGAAACAGAAAGAGAAGCAGAAGAAACUCGAGGAACUGAAAGCGAAGGCUGAGGGGAAGAGACCCCUCACCACAGGUGGAAUUAAGAAAUCUGGCAAAAAGUAAGCUGUUCCUUGUCCCUGAGAUGAUGGUGACCCUUGAUUCCAUUCCCAUUCAACAUCUGGAUUUCCUGUUGUAACAUUUCUGCCACCUAUAGGUAGAAUGAAGUUUUGUCUAGAACUCUGAACAUUAAGAACAACCUUUAAAAAAAAAUACUACAGUGGC